AAAUUCGUUUUCGAUUUCCCAUGGUGAUAUGUGGCAAUGGAUUUGUCCCUGCUGGAGCGUGCUGCUGCAGUGGGAAGCGCAGAGGCGCAGUACAACCUGGGCGCUGAGUUCCUCACGGGCAAGCGAGUGCAGAAGGACCCAGCGCGGGCCUUUGAGCUUUUCCGCGAGGCUGCGGGCCAGGAACAUGCAGCGGCCAUGUGCAACCUUGGUGUGAUGUAUGCCCAGGGCCUUGGCGUGCAGAAGGAUCCCUUGGAGGCCAGGCGUUGGUACGAGAAAGCCGCAGACAGGGGCGACGCCAGUGGUCUCUUCAACUUAGCCUUGCUGUGCGCGGAAGACGACCCACGGCGUGCUCGGCAGCUGGCGCAGCUGGCGCAGAAGAAGGGGCAUAGUCAGGCCGGUGCCUUUCUGAGCAGCCUGCCGGGGCCAGAAGAGUUCUGGUCGCGACUGCGGGUGCUGCGGGCGCAAAGUGCCCAGCUCUUCGAGGAGCUCCGGCAAAGCCACCGGGAGCCCAAAGCGGCGGCGCUUCUGGCGGAGCUACUGGCUCAGCUGGAGAUGGUCCAGACCGCACCGAAGGUCAAAGCACAGCCGCCAGCAUCAUCAUGACGAUGAAGAAUCCUUUGAUGGAGCAACAACAUUGACGA